AUGAAAGAACAGGUUCUCGAAACGGCUCCUCGAAAAAUUAAACAUAUUCAAUUCAGUGUACUUUCUCCCCAAGAGAUCGUCAAAAAUUCUCAAUUUGUGGUGACUCACCGCGAUCUUUUCAAUGAAAACAGGGCCCCGAUGGAAAAUGGCGUCUUAGAUACGCGCUUGGGAACUUCGGAUCAUGACAUACUCUGCGAAACAUGUGGUGAAAGAAUGGCACAGUGUAUUGGUCAUUUUGGUUAUAUCAAACUAGUUUUACCAGUAUUUCACAUUGGUUAUUUUAAAGCUGUUAUAAAUAUGCUGCAAAAUAUCUGCAAAUCAUGUAGUCGCGUCUUAUUAGAAGAAGACGACCGACGAACAUAUCUGAAGCGAAUAAGAAGUACCAAAGAGUCUUCAGCACGCGGGAAAAUAGAAAAAUCUAUAAAUGCAUUAUGUAAAAAAAUUGUGGACUGUCCGUAUUGUAAUGCAAUUAACGGACCCGUAAAAAAAGUUGGCGCAAUUAAGAUUGUUCACGAAAAAUUUAAACCAAAGAAAGCGCAUGAAGAACAAGAAAAUUUUAAAAACACUUUCGUUAAUGCUGUAGAGUCCAUGCCGGAAUUGAAGCCUCAUAUACAUAAGGCACAAGAAGAUUUGAAUGCGAUGAAAGUACUCGAGUUAUUUAAAAAAAUAUCUGAUGAGGAUUGUGAACUACUUGGAUUGGAUCCACAAAAUGCGAGGCCAGAACUUUUUAUAUGGCAACGAGUUCCAGUACCACCUGUCGCAAUUCGCCCUUCAAUUGCUCAGGAUAACGCAAGUACAGAAGAUGAUUUAACUGUGAAAUUAUCUGAAAUUGUCCAAACGAACACUAAUAUUGCUGCAGCCUUGAGUAAAGGAAUCACUAUCUCACAGCUGAUGGAGCAGUGGGAUUAUUUGCAGUUAACGGUUGCAAUGUACAUUAAUAGCGAAAUGCCAGGACUUGGAAAUAUGGCGGGUACAAAACCGAGUAGGGGUUUGUGUCAGCGAUUAAAAGGAAAACAAGGAAGAUUUCGCGGAAAUUUAUCUGGUAAACGCGUUGACUUUUCAGGCAGAACAGUGAUAUCGCCUGAUCCCAAUUUACGAAUUGAUGAGGCAUAUCAAUCAGCAAAAGACGCGUGCGCUGCCGAACUACAGAUUGGUGAUGUAGUAGAGCGUCAUUUGAGGGAUGGUGAUGUGGUCUUAUUUAACCGUCAACCUUCUCUUCAUAAACUUAGUAUAAUGGCACAUUACGUUCGUGUUAAGCCGUGGCGAACAUUUCGUUUUAACGAAUGUGUAUGCACGCCUUAUAACGCUGAUUUUGAUGGUGAUGAAAUGAAUCUUCAUGUCCCUCAAACAGAAGAGGCGCGUGUUGAAGCCAUAGAGUUAAUGGGUGUUAAGAACAACUUGGUUACACCCAGGAAUGGAGAUCCAAUCAUUGCUGCCAUUCAGGACUUUAUAACUUCUUCGUAUCUGAUUACAAAGAAAGAUGUAUUUUAUAAUCGUGCUCAGUUUACGCAAAUUUGUUCAUAUAUGGCGGAUGCUGAUUUACAUAUCGAUAUUCCUCCUCCGGCAAUAUAUAAGCCAGUGAGACUUUGGACUGGUAAACAAAUUUUUAAUGUGCUAAUGCGUCCAAAUAAGAGUUCAUCAGUUUUGGUUAACCUCGAAAGCAAAGGACGGUCGUUCGAAAAAAGUGAGAGCAGAGCACCAGAGAUGUGUCCAAAUGAUGGUUAUGUUGUUAUUCAAAAUAGUGAGAUCAUGUGUGGUGCUAUAGACAAAUCUUUAGUGGGUGAUGGGAAUAAGCAUUCGUUAUUCUAUACUAUUCUUCGCGAUUAUGGUGCUGUACAAGCCGCUGAUGCAAUGAACCGGUUGUCUAAACUGUGUUCCCGAUGGUUGGCAAAUAGAGGUUUUUCUAUUGGAAUUAGUGAUGUGCAACCUGGAGAAAUAUUACGGGAAAAAAAAGAUAAACUCAUUACAGAUGCAAACAAGGCAUGUGAUGAUCUUAUUGAACGAUCUAAAUCAGGAAAACUCGAGAAUCAACCUGGCUGUAAUGAGGAACAAACGUUAGAAGCACAUAUAUCUGGCAUAUUGUCAAGAGUCCGUGACGAUGCCGGUCAAAUUUGCAUGACUGAAUUAAAUAGACAUAAUGCUCCUUUAAUCAUGGCAACAUGUGGCUCCAAAGGUUCGAAAAUUAAUGUGUCUCAGAUGGUUGCUUGCGUUGGUCAACAGAUUAUUAGUGGAAGUCGAAUUCCAGAUGGAUUUCAAGAUCGUUCUUUACCACAUUUUCCGAAGCAUUCUAAAACUCCGGCUGCUCGUGGAUUUGUCAGAAAUAGUUUUUAUAGCGGAUUAACACCUACUGAAUUUCUUUUCCAUGCUAUAUCUGGCAGAGAAGGUCUUGUAGACACUGCUGCUUUAGAAGAUCUUGCUAUACAUUACGACAUGUCGGUGAGAAAUUCUUCAGGCGGACUCGUUCAAUUUUGUUAUGGUGACGAUGGACUGGAUCCCGCAUAUUUAGAGGAUGAAGUUCUCCCGGUUGAUCUUAAACGUAAUUUGCAGCACACAAUUAAUAUUGUGCCAUGGGCCAAUGACCCUGGUCUUUUACCAUACGAGAUAAAAGAAAUUACAGAUCUUAUAUUAGAUUGCGAUGAGUUUCGCAAGUCUUGCACGCAAUCAUAUAUAGAAUCUUUGCAAAAAUUUAUUAGUCAGGAAUUAGUUGAAAAACUUGUUUCGUUACGCCAAUCCUAUGGCUUGAUAAGUGCUGACGAAAGACCUAACGAUGAAUAUAGUGAUAUAGAUCCUAAUGCCAUAGGAUCAGAUUCUGUAAAGGCAAUCGUGGAUCAUAAACUUAAAAUUACUGAACGUCAACUUCGAAAAUUUUUGAAUAUUUGCUUACAAAAAUUCGUUAAAGCAAAAAUUGAACCAGGGACUGCUGUUGGUGCAUUGGGCGCUCAAUCUAUAGGCGAGCCCGGCACUCAAAUGACACUAAAAACUUUCCAUUUUGCCGGUGUUGCGUCCAUGAAUAUAACUCUCGGUGUUCCACGUAUAAAGGAAAUCAUAAAUGCUUCGAAAACGAUCAGUACACCAAUUAUUACUUGCAAACUGGUCAAUGAUUCUGAUGUGAAAUCUGCUAGAAUCGUUAAAGGACGAUUAGAAACAACCUAUUUAGGAGAUAUUGCAAAAUACAUUGAUGAGAUCUAUGAACGAGAUUCCUGUUACCUUGCUAUUAAGUUAGAUUUAGACGCCAUACAAAAACUUCAGUUGGAAACAAAUAUUAAGGAAAUAGCGCGAGCCAUUGUCAAUGACCGAAAGUUAAAGUUGGAAAUUCAAGGGAUUCGAAUAGUAGAUAAUGACGAAAUUGAUGCAUAUGUCCCAGAACGAGAUGGUUCAAGGAGACAGGAACUAGAUAAACUAUAUUUUCGUUUGCAAGUCUUGAAACGGGCAUUGCCAAAAGUUAUAAUCAAGGGUAUUCAAACGGUGACAAGAGCGGUCAUAAGUGAAGCCAAGGCAGGAAAAAAGCAAUUACUUGUUGAAGGUUACGGCCUUCGAGAAGUAAUGACGACUGAAGGUAUAUUUGGUACAGAAACAACUAGCAAUAACGUCAAUGAAGUAAAUAAAGUUUUGGGAAUAGAAGCAGCUAGAAAUACGAUUAUUCAAGAAAUCCAAUAUACCAUGGGUCGACAUGGAAUGAGCAUUGAUCCACGUCAUGUAAUGUUGCUUGGAGAUAUUAUGACAUAUAAGGGAAGUAUUUGUGGAGAAGUAUUGGGGAUUCAUCGGUUUGGUAUUUCUAACAUGAAAAGUAGCGUUUUGAUGUUAGCUUCGUUUGAAAAGACGACGGAUCAUCUUUUCGAUGCUGCCUUACAUAGCAAACGUGAUUGUCUUGAAGGCGUGAGCGAAUCUAUUAUCAUGGGAAUGCCUAUGCAGCUUGGGACUGGAUUGUUCAAAUUGAUAAGAAAGUCUCAUCUCGGUGACGAAAAACCCCCGCGAAGGAAAUUAAUAUUCGAUUCUCGAAAACAGAUACAACUAUUUUAA